CGAUUUACAUUCAUCAAGAAAACAAAAAACUUAAAAACUUUUAUGAUAAAAAGGGUUGAAGAACCUUAUACGGCUAAAAACACACACAUUAUUUUCAAACAGAUACAUUUUUCCUUUAUGACAAUUCCUUAAUGUUCUCUCUACGAGACAUCACCACCACCUCGUCCUCAUCCUCAUCCUCGUCCUCCUCCUUCCUCCCUAAAUUUCCCUCGUCGUUCCUUUCACAGGAACGACGAGCAAGGCCUCCUUGUCAUCCCAUCGUGAAUAUUCAAAAUGGGAGUCUUGAAGCCGUUCCAACUCUUGGAAAUAAAUGUCAUAUCCGCGCAGGACUUGCAACCUAUAUCCAAGAAAAUGAAAACCUACGCGACCGUGUGGGUCCACCCUACGCGGAAGCUAACCACAGCUGUGGAUUCUGAAGGCGGUAACAACCCUACGUGGAAUGACAAAUUUGUUUUUCGCGUAGAUGAGGAGUUUCUGCGACAAGAUACCUCGGCCGUACAAAUAGAGAUACAUUGUGGCCAUUGGUUUAAGGAUUCUCUCGUAGGUUCCGUUCGCGUCCUCGUCGGAAAUCUUAUCCCUCCUCCGGGUCGUCAACACCAUAAACAACAUCCUCAUAACCUUGGCAUGCGUUUUGUUGCACUUCAGGUACGUCGUCCAUCUGGGAGACCUCAAGGGAUAUUGAACAUUGGUGUUGCAUUACUAGAUAGUACCAUGAGAAGUAUGCCAUUGUACACUGAAUUAAACAAGUCAGCGGUUGGAUAUCGCGAUUUAAUGGAAGAAGAUCAUCUCCCUUACCUCCAAAACCAAAAAACAAACGAUGAAAAAACCAUCACGACCACCACCACCAACAAAAAUAUCAGCAGUACCAAUAACAUCGUGACUACUAAAAUAAAACCUAUAUUGCUACGUACAAAGAGCGAACGUAGCGAACGUGUCAAGUUCGAUGAUGAUGUACCAAAGGCUAAUAUUUCAAAAGUUACAAGAUUACCUUCAAAAAGGAAUAAGAAGGCACAUAAUUAUGACAAUGAAAGUUCAAUUCUUAGUAUUUCUUUGGAACCUCCACCACAAAUGUUGGUGAAAAAGAAAGGUAAAGCAAGUUCUGUUGUUAGUGGUGAUGAAUUAAAAGAUAAAUCAAACCCCAAGGGUAAAAAAGGAAAAUCAGGCUCAGUUCUUAGUGAUUCAGUUUUGAGCAAAGAUUCAUCAUCUAUUUAUAAUAAUGGGCCCAAAGAAGAUGAUAAGCCCAAACUCAAACUUAUUGCUUUAAAGCCCACAAAUGAAAAGAAGCCCACAACUAAAGUAGUUGAUGAAAAAUCUCUCACAAAGCCCAAAGUUGGUGAUAGACAAGUUGAUGAGCCCAAAGAGCCCAUAACAGUUAUGGGAAAGCCCAUUACAAACUAUAGUGGAUAUGAGUUUGGAGGCCCAACACCAAAAGGGCAAGGCCAAAAUGCGAAGUUUGUAUUUGGAGGCCCAAUUAAGGGAAAUCCUCAUCAUUGGACUGAUUCCGAAAUUGGGCCUUCGGCAUCUGAGGUCGCGGCGGCUGUCGCUGAAAAGAAAUAUUCAUUGGAUGAUCAAAAAAGCUCGGUAUUGGAUGGUUGGAGUUUGGAUGAGAGCGUUGAGGGGCUCAAGUCCAAACUCGAGAGGUGGCGGACAGAGCUGCCACCAGUUUACGACCAUGGGCACGCCUCGAGCAGCUACCACUCGACCGGUCGCCACUCGAGGAGGCUCCCACGUGGGUCGAGUGGAUUGUUUUCUUGUUUUGGUAACAUUUUGGGUUUUGAAUGCCAAUGUGUUUGUGGUAAGCCUCAAAAGAAAUAUAGCACAAGGUUCUAUAGCCCAUCAGUUGGAAGCAAAUCAUUGUAUUGAAAAGCCCAAGCCCAAGCCCAGGUCAUAUUUUUUGAAGGCCCAAGUGGAAUAAGAAUGAAGGCCCAAAGCCCAGGUCAUUAUCAUGUCACUUUUUGCAAUUUAUAUUCGUAAUCAGUGACAUAUUCAGAAUUUUUUAAUCAAUGCAGGUCGAUACUAUCGUACCAUUACUCUUUUGUGACAAACUUCGAAUGUAACAUAAAUAUAUUUGUUCUAUACAUCUCUGUUACUGCCUUUUAUCAUUUUGUUAUUGGUAAAUAUUUGAUUUGAUUUUUGAAUUAGCAUUUUCUUUACAUUAAGUUUCAUGUGGUUUAAUUAUUGUAGCAUGAUUUAUGUUUAGCAUGUUCAUAUAAAGUUCAAUGAUUUUUGGAUUUAG